AGAAAUGGAAGCCCAAAUCAGUUGUGUACGUGAACUUUGGGAGCCUAGUCACUAUGACACCUCAACAGCUGAGGGAGUUUGCUUGGGGGCUUGCUAAUACCGGGUAUCCUUUCUUAUGGGUGAUUCGACCUGAUCUUGUGGAUGGUGGAUCAGAAAUCAAGUCAAAUGACUUCGUUGAGGUAAUCAGAGGGAGAGGUUUGCUUGUGGAUUGGUGCCCACAAGAGCAAGUCUUGGGUCAUCCUUCGGUUGGUGGCUUUUUAACGCACUGUGGAUGGAAUUCCACACUGGAAAGUAUAUGUGAGGGAGUUCCCAUGAUCUGUUGGCCUUUCUUCGCCGACCAGCAGACUAACUGCCUGUAUGCACGCACCAAAUGGGGGAUCGGUAUGGAGAUCAGCACCGACGUCAAGAGAGAGCAAGUGGAGGAGUUUGUGAGGGARUUGAUGGAAGGGGAGAGGGGGAAAAUGUUGAGGAGCAAGACCAUGGAGUGGAAGAAGAGAGCAGAAGCUGCUGCAAAGCCAGGGGAUCAUCUUUUCUCCAAUUGGAUAGAUUAA